CCGGGCUGGGAGGCGCCGCGCGGAGCCGGCAGCAGCCACUCGGCAGCGGGCGGAGACGAGCGGGUCCCUCGGCGGCGGUGGCAGGGAGCUGCGCUGCGGGGCGCUCGGGAGCGCGGCCAGCCGAGCUCCGGGGAUUUAGCCAGCGCGGGGCUCUCUCCGAUGGGCUGGAGCCGGGGGAGGACGCGCGGGGAGCUCCGGGAGGCAUGCCCCAAACCCUGAGUUCUAUCAGUAUGUUCACCCCCUGUGGCUUCAGUCCUCAUCUGCACUCAGCAAAAGAAGAUGAUCAAGGGGGACUGAUCUUCCAGGAUGGAAACCUUGCCUCCGCAUCUCUUGAUGCUUUGAUCCAACAUCUUAUACCUACAACUGAUUACUACCCUGAAAAGGCCUAUAUCUUUACAUUCCUGCUGAGUUCAAGACUCUUCAUUGAACCUCAUGAACUUUUGUCCCGAGUUUGUCACAAGUGCAUUGAGCAGCAGCGACUGGACGACCCGGUGCUGGAUAAGGCGCGGAUCAGAAAAUUUGGGCCUAAACUCCUACAGUUGUUGACAGAAUGGACAGAAACGUUCCCCUAUGAUUUUCAGGAAGAGCGGAUGAUUGGCCAUUUGAAAGACAUGAUUGACAGGAUAGCCCCGUGUGACGAGGCCUACUGGAAAAGGAUGAAUCAGCUGUUGCAAGCCCUGAAUCAGAAGCUUGCAACCCUUAGCCAUGGGCAGGAAGGAAUAGUCAAGAUCAAUGCUGCUGUCUCUGACAAGCUGGUUGCCUUUAAAAGUAAACCGCCGUCAAUUCAGAGAGAAAUCCUGACCGUCUGCAGUGACCCUUACACUCUGGCUCAGCAGCUAACACAUGUGGAAUUGGAAAGGCUCAGUCACAUUGGGCCUGAAGAAUUUGUGCAGGCGUUUGUACACAAAGACUCUUUGGACAGUACCAAGUCUUGUUUCAAUGAGCAAAAAAAGACUAGUAACCUUGAGGCCUAUGUGAAAUGGUUCAAUAGACUCUGCUAUCUUGUGGCAACAGAAAUUUGCAUGCCUGCAAAAAAGAAGCAGCGAGCACAAGUCAUAGAGUUCUUCAUUGAUGUUGCCCGAGAGUGCUUUAACAUAGGGAAUUUUAAUUCACUGAUGGCAAUCAUAUCUGGGAUGAACAUGAGCCCCGUCUCCAGGUUAAAGAAGACCUGGUCAAAAGUGAAAACAGCCAAAUUUUUUAUUCUAGAGCAUCAGAUGGACCCUACUGGUAAUUUUUAUAACUACAGAACUGCGUUGCGAGGGGCUGCCCACCGAUCCCUCACUGCACACAGCAACAGGGAGAAGAUUGUGAUCCCUUUCUUCAGCCUAUUGAUCAAAGAUAUUUACUUUUUGAAUGAAGGAUGUGCUAAUCGCCUUCCGAAUGGGCACGUCAACUUUGAAAAAUUCCUGGAACUGGCUAAACAAGUAGGCGAGUUUAUAACAUGGAAGCAAGUGGAAUGCCCAUUUGAACAAGACCAUAACAUCAUCCACUACUUGCAUACAGCUCCCAUCUUUACUGAAGAUGGUUUGUAUCUGGCUUCCUACGAAAGUGAAAGCCCGGAGAACCAGAUUGAAAAAGAGAGAUGGAAAUCCUUGAGGUCUACUAUUUUAGGAAAGACUUGAAGACUCAGAUUAUUGCAGUACGACAAGAAAAAAAAUCAGCAAAAAUAUUUUGCACUACUGAUUCCAAAGAUGCCUAUUUGGGAUUUAGUUUUUAUUUUUCUUCCUUUUUAUUUUUGGACUGCUUAAUGUGAUGAACUGGAUUCAUCCAUUGAAAUUAACAGAAUUGACUUACCAUAUGCACAGUUAUGCUUUUCUAAUUACUCGAGAGGAAGGACAACAGAUAGUUUUGGGAUGGCCACAAAUUAUGUCAGUAUCACUAUAACCUUGUCUCAGAAGGAAACAGAACAAGAGCAAGGAGAGUCAUGGUGCUGCAACAGAGAAUGGUCGUCACUGGAAAACUAAAGACGCAGUGUGCAGAUUUCAGAAGCAGGUGCUUCAAACAGCAGCGCCCUAAAUCCUUUCUGAGUAUAGUAAAAUCAAAUUUUGUCAAAUGCAACAGCAAUCUGGUUAAUUGCUAAGGAAGGAAAGAAGGAUUUUAUUUUACAUCAGCAGCCUCCUGCCUUGUUGAACAAUGCACUGACUUCAGCGGAGAUAAGCUGCCCAUGGAUAAAAACUCACGUAAACCACAUCUGCAUGAAAAGUCAUGCAAACCCCAUGAAUUUUUACAUAGAAUGAUUUGAACUGUGAACAUUAGUUAUUUCUUCUUUCUCCAGUUGUUCUUUCCUUUCUUACUGUGAAUCUUGGCAGACUUCUCUAGGGCGUGAACUGAAGAUGAGACAAAAUACAGAUGUCCUGCUUACACUGAAAGCUGUAGGAAGCAAAUGGCUCCGAGUCCUACUUACCUCUGUUUAAACUAUUCCUUAAUUCUGUUGAUGCUGAGAGGGGUGUUUUUAAGGCGCCUUACCUUAUUGGCAGGUGAUAGAAGGUGAUUGUGUGAGGAAACUCAUUGGGUUUGUUCGGUCUCCUCACUUUAGCUUUGGUUCUAGUGCAACACGAUAUUGGGACACAGGGAGCGGAGCGGGGCAGGGGAGGAAGAGCAGCCUAGAUUUGUGGACUCAACAGUGCAUUUGAGAGAUGAAGAGGUUUCCCUCUGUGUGCCAAUGCACUAGAGUAAAGACUUAGCAACGCCCCAUUUUUACUCUGACUUUUUAUGUGCUGGACUGUGCUCACCACUUCCUUUCCCUGGAGACGUUUGCUUUUCGGAGCGGGGACCGCAUCUGCCUUUGUGUUUGCAGAAACCAAGGUGCUACUGUAAUAUAAACAUGAAAUGACUGCAAAUGAAUUGGGCUUAGACCAGGUGCAAACCAGAACUCUAAAACUAGAGCAAAGCAAACUAGAGGACUUCACCUGUUUCACUUCCAUGAGCAGUCCCACGGUACUGUUUGUGAGCAUAAGAACAUAAAGAUAGGCAGGGGUCAGGUUCGAAAAAAGAACCACACAAAAGCAUAACGGAAAUAAAAAAUGUCACGUGCUACUGAACUCCUCCUCCUUUUAUUACAGGCGCAGUGUUGGCAUUUUAGCUGUCCCAGUCUGUUUUUCUGACCAGCAUAACGCUUUCAGUUCUACAUUGAAGUCAAUGGUAACUUUCCCCCAGUAAAGAGCGAAGAAUCAUGUGCAUAACUUAUCAGAACUGCUGUUGGGUUUAAAAAAACAAACAAACAAGGCUCAUGAGAAACUUGGCUGGGUCUGUGUAUGGCUUUAGCCAGAAAGGUUAUAGCCAUCACUUCCCACUGCUGUCCUCGCUAUAAUAACCUGUACCUGAGUAUGUUGCAAGGUCCUCCCUCGUUGGCCUCCCCUUGAAGGCACUCAGAAGCUUCAUCUGGUAUAGGGUGCAACUGCCUGUUUGAAUUGUUAUUCAUAGGGUAUAUAUUGCACUUAUUCCCAUAAUGCUACAUUGGCUUCUGGGGUGCAAUUCAGGGCGUUGAUUUUGAUCAAUUAAAGGCCUGUAGGAUAUUGGUCAUGGCCACCUGAGAGACAACCACUCUCCUAUGCUCCGUCAUGAGGUUUGACGUCGGCUGGACUACUUUUCUAAUAGUUCCUGGAUCUAAAUACGUAGGGCUAGAGGCAGGGCAUUCUCAGUGGUGGGACCAUGGUUCUCCCUUUCCUUUUUGUCUGUCAGAGAUUGAGUUUGCUGUAGAGUUCCUCUGUUUACUCAAGCUUUUGCCCAAAGCGGCUAAUUGCAGGGUGGAUGCAGAAUCAUUUCAGCCUGGGAACCAGUGUUAUUUUGAUGCUGUUAAUAGGUUUUUUGUAUGUGAGUGUAAAAAUAGUCAAUAAGCGUAUUUUACAAAUCAAAAUUUAGAAAUGACAGCUACUGAAAUGGAACCAUUUCCAAAAUGAUGACAUUAGAAACCUGUUAAAUUCCAACCAAAUCCAGGGCAGUAUUCAUAGACAUAUUCAUAACAAUUCUAAGGCUUAUGGGUACUCUCUGAGUGGUCAUUUUCCUUACUGUAUAUAUCUUUAUAGCCCGCAUAUUAUGACUUCAUUGUGCUAAUGGUCUCCUUUUAUUGUCUGGAACUGCAGCAUCACUCGAUCUGCUUUUUAAAGUGGAAAUUUUAUUCAUUCUUUAACAAUCAGAAGGAGGCUAGGAUAGCUGAGAUUCUAUUCCUCCAAAGAUAUGAACUAAAAUAUUAUUUUUCUAAUAAUAAUAAUUAAUAAUACUUAGCACUCCUACGACACAUUUCAAGAACUUAAAGAACUUUCCAAAACCUAUUGAAUUAAGUCUCAGGAGAUCCUUGUGGGGAUCAAUAGUUGGGUCAAAACUUUCAAACCUGGUGAUUAAAAUUAGGCACCUAAGGGCCAGAUCUACAAAGGUAUUUAGGCACCUAAAGAUGCAAUUGACGGCUAGUGGUAUAUUCUAAAGAACCAAGCUGCCUAAAUCCCAUUUAAAUUAAUUGGAGUUAGGUGCCAAGGGGCUUUUGAAAAUCCCAUUUGACGCCUAAUUGUAUCUUUAGGCAUCUAAAUACCUUUAAAAAUCUGGCCCUUAAAUCCACAUGGAGGCACCUGUUUAUAAGUGAUCUGUUUUGCACAGAUGCUGAGCGUCCAGAGUUCCCACUGACUUGAGUGAACAUUGAGGAGAAGCCGUGCUUCACAUGAGGCUUUGAGCACUUUGUAAAAGUUGGCUCUCAAGGUUUGAGCCUGAGAGAGACUGACUGCUUCCUGCAAGGUCACUUCAGUGGGAGGUGAGGGCACUCAGCAGCCUGCAGGCUUUAAAAAUCCUGCCCUGCCCUCAUUGACAUGAAUGGCAAAACUCCCACUGGAUUCAGGGGCAGGGGCAGGCCCUAAAUUUGUCAGUUACAUCUGUGAUUUAUGCAUGGCCCAACCAAGAAAUAAAUUCCCGUAAUAGAUGAGAGCACGAUGGCCUUGCUUCACUCACGUGUUUAAUAAGUAAGGGGACAAUAGCAACAGAAGAUUCCAUUAACAGUUUGGGGGUGGACGUUUCCCUAAAGUUUUCUAAUAAUCUUAUAUCAGCAAUAAAAUAAUAAAAAAUAAUCUCCAAUAGCUUCCCAUUACUGACAGGUGAAGAACUCUUCAGAACUACAAGAAAGUGAGCUAGUAACACCAGGCACUGAGGUGUUAUGAAGCAUAGAAAUUUCUAGACAACUCACGGUAACUCUUUUAUGGCUUUCUAAUUCCAUUAUUUUCAAUGGAUUUCCAUUUGGGAAAACUGCUUAUGCAGAUUUAAAAAUUUUAUUAAGAUGAUGUUUAAAAAAAGUGAACGGUACAGAGUUUAAGUAUAGAAGUUUCUGUUUAUCAGGGAAUAACGUACAGAUUAUCAAUGGGUGCGAAGUUCGGUUUAAGAUCGGGUGGCGUAAGGAAUACAUAAUCUGCAGUAUCCCUGACUGGGGGUAAAAGGUUGAUGGGUCAAAGUACAGACAUUGAGCUAUGAGGGUAUGUUGUUCAUAUAAUGGCGAUGUUCAGGUGUGGAGUAUAGUGAGUGGAUACGAUGAUGAGGAUGGAUUGACCCUCAUUUAGUGAGAUUUAAUGUUCAGUGAGUUUAUGGUUCCAGUUCAUGGGGUCGCUGCUCACCCAAGCCCUGCCUGCACCCCCCUCCCCCCUGCGAGGCUGGGGCUGGCACUGAUCAGCUGACAAGAGCAAACGGGACAAAUGCCCACUUUUGUCCAAAAAAAAAAAAAGUCAGGACAGCUGAAACAGGGCUUAAAAAAGGGACUGUCCCAGCCAAAAGGGGAUGUAUGGUCACCCUAAGCAGUAGGCCAGAUCAAUUAAAACUGCUGGGACUUUUCUUGUUGUCUGUCUGCUCCUCUCAGCCAUGAUUCCUGUUUGAGACUGAUUUACUCCCAUCUGUGCUCCCUUUCUGCCAUUGUGGGCAGACUCAGAUUGUUGCCCUGCAAAUUGAAGAAAUCUGGGUGAGCCUAGAAAAGCUGCUAACUUCCUCCUGGAUGCCUUUACCUCUGUUGUGGAGGGCUUCUGCCUAAGAAGCAGCUCUUCCAAAACUUCAGUAGACGUUUCAUGUCCUCCUGUGACAUACGCAGGCUCUGUAAUCAUACCCUAGUGCCCUUGGCCAGAAGACCAGGGGUAGGUCUCCCUUCAGAGCAUCACCUGCCAUAUCAAACAGCCAGCUCAGGCUACUGUUGCAGCCGCAGGAAAUCUUCCUACUUCUGUGAAUCUCCCAGGCCUUGCUGAAGGGCGGAAGACUCUGGAUUCACACGCUCAAACAUCCUGUAAGUCAAAUAUUUGAACUAGCCAACCUCCCUUCAAGGCACUGUGGGCUGCCAUCUAAACCCAGUUCACUACAGAAAGUACUGGAGCACUGGUACUUUCCAGACAGCUGUAACCCUAUCAGGUAUCUGUAUCUGACCAAUACUAUUUCACUCCUAUAAUGAGCACCUUUUAACAUUCCUGUUUUCCUGGAAUGACUAACCGGAUAAUGGCUCUCUGGAGUUUGACGUACCCAUGGAUAAGUCCGAGUUUGGGGGUGUAACCUGGGUAGCUGAGGAAUACGAGUUCCUAUGUGUUUUUAUAGCAGACCAAGCCUGGUUAAAGUUUACAGUAUGCUUUUCUCUCAGAUUUCUAUGGCCUGUAUCUGGCAAUAGGAUGUAUUGGAUCUUGUACUGGGAUGAAUUGUUACAGUUCAGUAUUUCUUUACUUAUCCCAUUAACUCUUCACACUCAGUGAAAGGGACAAGCUCACUGCUAUUAAAUUAAAGGAAGCUUUUAAAGAUAUGAUUCUUACACAUGUGCAAUUAGUAACUUCCCCAAGGA